GCUGCCUGACUUCAUUGCCUAGAUAUUUCUCCAAUCCUCAGGUACUAUUUAACCGAAGAGAAAAAUUUGGAAAAAAAAAAAAAAAUGUAAUCGCCAUAAUCUCUGAAAAAACCCAGGUGUAAUUACUGGCAAUUACCCAUAAUAUGGCUAUGGUGGCGAAGUUACCUUUGCCAUCAAUUGAUUGCCAUCAUGCUGCCGCCCAACCUCCGCCGUCGCCGUCUUCCCGUCAAAUUCUCCGGCAUGGUUUUGGGCUGUGUGACCGAUUAGGUCGUGGGAGAAUUUUUGUUCAACCGUGUAGAUCUUUCAGGUCUGAGGAGGAAAGUGGAAUGGGUGAGAAAGGGAAGAACGGUGAAGAGAAUUUUGGGAAAAUUAAUGAAAGUAAUAUUGUGGAAGCUGAAAGAAGUGUAAAUAAAUUUGUGGGUUCUGUGAGAAAUGCUGUUUGGACAGUUUCAAAGCCAAGUUUAAGGUCACAAGGCGAGUUCAGAGAGGCUUUGGAGAAGCUGGAAGAGAAGUUAUUUUCUCUUUCCAUUCAUGUGGGUAGAUACAUUGUAACGAUGUUAAGCACUGGAGUUAUACUGCUGACUGGGUUUCAAUUAUCAGGUGGAGAUGGUCAAAUGAAUGCAUUGAUAUGGUAUAGUUGGCUUGGAGGGAUCAUCAUUGGGACAAUGAUUGGUUCGAAUAUGGUGUUAGAGGAAGUCAGUCGAUCCGGUCCACGCAAUGUUGUCAUAACUGGAAGUACACGAGGACUUGGGAAAGCUCUUGCUCGUGAAUUUUUACUUUCUGGUGACAGAGUUGUAGUUACUUCACGCAGCCCAGAAUCUGUGGACAUGACUGUCAAAGAAUUAGAAGAAAAUUUAAAGCAAGUCAUAAUCGCCACUGGUGGCUCAUCCAAAACAAAUUUGAGGCAUGCAAAAGUGAGGGGAAUUGCAUGUGAUGUCUCUAAGCCUGAUGAUGUUCAGAAGUUGGCAAGCUUUGCUGUCAAUGAACUUGCCUGGAUUGAUAUUUGGGUCAACAACGCUGGGACGAACAAAGGUUUUAGACCAUUGCUGCAAUUUAAUGAUGAUGAUAUCCAACAGAUUGUGUCUACGAACUUGGUUGGAUCCAUCCUAUGCACUCGUGAAGCAAUGCAGCUUAUGAACACCCAGAACAAGGGUGGCCAUAUAUUCAACAUGGAUGGUGCAGGAUCUGGUGGAUCUAGCACCCCAUUGACAGCUGUCUAUGGCUCAACAAAAUGCGGUCUUAGGCAGCUCCAGUCGUCUCUUCUAAAGGAGUGCCGACGUUCAAAAGUUGGAGUUCAUGCAGCCUCACCGGGCAUGGUCCUGACUGACUUGCUAUUAAGGUAUACCAGUAGCUGUAUAUCUUAUAUGGCUCAUUUGGUAAGUGGUUCUAGUGUACAAAACAAACAGAUGUUUAAUAUCAUCUGCGAGCUCCCAGAGACAGUUGCUAGGACUUUAGUUCCUCGAAUGCGAAUUGUGAAGGGAAGUGGAAAGGCCAUUAACUAUUUGACUCCUCCAAGGAUCAUACUUGCUCUGGUCACAGCGUGGGUGAGACGUGGCCGUUGGUUUGAUGAUCAGGGACGAGCACUUUACGCUGCAGAGGCAGAUAGACUUCGCAACUGGGCAGAAAGUCGAACCCGGUUUUCCUUUACUGAUGCCAUGGAGAUGUACUCUGAAAAUACAUGGGUUUCUGUGUUUUCACUUUCAGUAGUGUGUGCAUUCAUUAUCUUAUCAAGUACAGGUAGCACAUUUCCGGGGACCUGAAUGCGGGAAGCUCACUACAAGCCGAGCAAUUGAAGAAACACAGAAGACCCCUGUAAAUGUAUUGGUGAAAUCACAAGAAGAAGCAAAGAGGUGCACAGUUUUUUUCUCCCUGCAUCCUUAUUGUGAUGCUGAUUCUUGAACAAUUUAAGAUACUUGGCAGGUCUCUUAUUGGCGCGAGCCCUGCAUUCUUUCUUAAUCUGCCUAUAGCUUUUCUCCAAACAGGAUCUUAUGUGUAGCAUCUGUUCAUCAUAAAGAAUAACUGUGUAUUUUUAGGAUGCUUACAAGAAUUAGGUUUCUUGUUAAUUUCAAUUGGAAAGUGUACUACAACACAAAAUUCCACCUUGUUAGUCCUGCAAUUUGUAAAAUUCUAGUAUUUAUUACCUUGCAUCUUAAUUAUCUAAUUGCACCA